AAUAGAAAACAACUCGUCAGAAUUCAAAAGAGAAAUUUCAUUGAUAGCCAAAUUGCCUCUUCAAUGAAAAUAAAGAUGAUAUCAAGCUCAACAAAAGCGUUUCUUGGGACUCUCAUAAUCCUGUCUAUUAGUGGCCAAAUAGUAAAUGGUAAUGACGACAUAUCAAUCUGCAAGAAAAGCUUAGAGACAUUAAAAGACAACGUGAAAGAAUGGAUGGAAACUUGCGUUGAUAAAAAUGGCAAUGACGAUAACACAACUGCAUGCAAGGAAGUAAAACAAUACAACAAAGAAAUGAUGCAAAUGCAAACAGAAAUGUGUUUUUACAAAGAUGUUUAUCCAAAGCCAUAUUUGAUUAUUAUGAGCUUUGAUAAAAUAUACUCUGUUGAUUCUAUUACUGGAGAUAUUCAUGUCAGCACUAUUAAUGGCUCCAAAACGAAAUUUUUGCGAAAAAUGUUUCUGUUCAUGAUAUUACAGUUGACUGGAUUGGUCGUCGUAUCUUUUACAUUGACUCCACAAACAUUAUCUACCAAAUUUAUUUGAAAAAGAAAAUUAUAAGUGUUAUGAGGCUUCAACCAGGCUUACAAUUUUCCAGCAU